CCAAACGAGUCGUUUUACACAAUCUCAUCAGUAUUUUUAUCGAGUCAACAAAUUUUUUAGUUCUCUAUUUUUUUAAUGGUAGUGUGGACGUGCUUUUGAACAAAAUGGAGUCUUGUAAAUUAUUAAGUUUUAGUGCCUUUUUUGUUCUCAUAUUUGGUGUUAAAUUAAGUAUGACACAGGUUGAUGUUGGCAUAGACACCACAAGUCCGGACCCGCUAUCAACAACAAUUUGCACGACUUGCGCCUGUGCAGACGGUGCGGUCAACUGUGUCAAUCUAAACCUCACUACGUUUUUUGAAAUACCUGAUUGGGAUGGACUCAAGGACUUCAAGCCUCUGUCAGUGAAUCUAAGCCACAAUGCCAUCACACAUAUAUCGAGGAUAUCAAAGUUACCUAUACGGGAAUUGAACCUGUCCAGUUGCGAGAUUCAGACGAUAGAAGAUGGAAGUUUCAUAUAUUUAGAAGAUUUGAGAGUUUUGGAUUUGUCAAAUAAUAAAAUAUCCACUUCAGCAAUUAAUAAGAAGGUUUUUGCUGGUCCUCUAGGCAUACUCGGUCCAAUGAACUUCAAAACCAUGCAGUAUCUAAGUUUAGCGAAUAACGACCUACACUCGUUAGCACAAGACCUAUUUUUGUUUAUGCCUGACUUGCUGUAUUUGGAUCUGAGCGAUAAUCCAUUGGCUUUCAUAGACCAGGUCACUAUGGGUGCCAUUUCUGAUUUGAAGUAUUUAAGGGAGCUAAGACUAAGCAAUUGUGAACUGGAGACGUUGCCUGACGGUCUACUGAGAAGACAGAGGAAGCUGCGACGACUGGAUAUCAGCAACAAUAGGUUCACCACCAUCCCAGCAGUUCUGAAGGAAGCCCCCAGUCUGGUCUAUUUGAAUCUGGACAGGACGCCUAUACAGACGUUGGAUUCUAACACGGCUUUGGGCAACCUGACGAAGUUACAAGAACUUAGUUUAAGUAGACUAAGUAGACUUCAGAACGUGUCUGCUGGGGCCUUAGCUGGACUAGGUGACCUAGUCAUCCUGAGGAUGAACUACAACCCUAGGCUGACUAAUCUAGACCCAGAUUUUCUGGUGUGGAAGAACGAAGAUGAUGAGGAGCUGUGGCCUAAUCUUAGAGAGCUCUACCUAAACAACAACAACCUAUCCAGCAUAGACUCUGGAAUCCUGGACAACUGGAAGGAGCUGAUGGCUGCGGACUUCUCCAUCAAUCCGUUUAUAUGUGACUGUAAGAACCAGUGGGUGGUCGAUGUACUGGUACCCCUGCUUGUUGCUAUGUCUGCUAAUACCACUAUCAAUAAUAUGGUCUGCAAAAAGCCAGCUGAAUUGAAAGGCUUGACGUUUGCUCAACUGAACGAGGGUUCAAAAACCUUGGUCUGCAUGGAGGCUGAAAGUAUCGCAGAGGCGCAGGUAUCCAACAUGGCAAUUAUUCUAGGAAUUAUGAUUGGUAUAGUAGUCACCUUCCCAAUGGUACUGGUCUUAGUUCUCCUGUGGAGACGAGGAUUCUUCUCCAAGUUGAGAGGAGGCAAGCCUGAUUAUGAUGAAGAAGCUGAAGAUCUGUAGAUAGUUCUAGAAGAUUAGACUUAAUGGACUCGGGUAUGUCCUAAAACUGCGACCAGCCACCGAGAGAAGAAAACUGAAAGCCCCAACUAAAGAGGGAUGCCAGAGUUUCUAUGAAAUCUGGUCCCACCUUCCAAUAGCUAUGUGCGUUUCAUCAUUGGAUAGGUAAUUUUGAGCUGAAUAAAAGUUGCUAUAGCGUCAAGUUCCAAAUCUUAGUCCGUUCAGAGUUAUUCUUUAUUAAACAUGGUAGUUUUAUCGGUAGCUAAGCUAGCUAUUGGAAGGUGGGACCAAAAUGUGCAUCCUCCUUUCUUCGCUUGGGGAUUAUAAAUAAUUAGUCUUGAGUAAGGACUUUGUUGGGGAAAAUAGUGCUGAAGAUUGAAGACUGAAGAAGAACGAACACUAAUUUUUCAUCAGUUAUGUUGUGAGUCGUAUGUAAUGCCAUUUUGCGGGGAAUUUCAAGAAUUGAUAACCCAAUAGUUAGUUUACCGAACCAACAUUUGAAUUCGGUAUGUCCACGGGUACCUAUGUGAAAUAGAGAUGAAUGCAUGGGUUUUUAAUAAAGUACCUAUGUAAUGUAUGUAUGUAUGUAACAAAGCAACCCUUUUUGUAAAUAGUUUCGGAAAAUAUAUUUGUUAAUGAGAUUAUGAA